UUUCAGCAGCCGAUUGCAUUCAGGGCAUAAUCCAGUGCCUUGACCUCGACAUGGAUUCGCCACAAAACCCUCCAAAUGUUUCUUCUCAAUAUGACAAGGAGGUUCAAGAUUUGCUGAAACAGCUUAAGGAUGCAUCAUGUAAACUGCAGAGAGUGAAGUCUGAAAGGGAGGAAGUGAACGCGGAGGUUCAUCAGUGGCGUGAAGAAAUGGACCGCAGGAUGCUGCUGGUGCUGCAUGUGGACGAACGAGUGUGUGAUGCUCUGAUGGAGCUCGAAGCUGCAAAGCAGAAAAAACAGGCACUGAUCGAACUGAUUCAGUCACUGAACACACACACUCGGGAGAAGAAGCUCAGCAGCGCGUCUCUGAGUCUGAUGCAGAAACGUGUGGAAGCUCUGGAGGAGGAGGAGGAGAAGCUGAAACUGCAGUGUGAACAAGUCAAAAAAGCCCUGGAUGAUAUUCAGGAGGUUUGAAAGAAGCCUGAAUGCAGAUUGUACUGCUGCGCGCACACACACACACACACACACACAC